GUGACUCUUGGCCGUAUGCCAAGCCCCUCCUACGCAUCCGAGUGGGGGAGCAAGCGGUCCCCGGCUGAAUGGGCGCGGGCGCGGGCGCGAGCGCGGUGCGCGGUGCGCGGGGCGGGCGGGGGCGGGUGGCCGGGGGCAGGCAGCCAGCCGGAGCCCCCCCCUGAUAUGCGCGCAGAGGCGGCGGGCAGAGCACCACGGCGGCGAACAGAGGCCUCAGCACCUGCGGGCAGAGUGAUUCCAAAUAAGUGUAACUGUGUGAAACCAAGAAGCGAUUGUUUAAAAUCCAUCCUGCAAUGGUACACCCAAGCUCAAAACAAGAUGAGAAGACCCUACUUGUUGUUAAAAGACAUACUUAAAUGUACAUUACUUGUGUUGGGUGUGUGGAUCCUUUAUAUUCUCAAGUUAAAUUAUACUGCUGAAGAAUGUAAUAUGAAAAAUAAGCAUGAUGUGGACCCUGACUACGUACAGAGAGCUCAGAAAUAUGCUCAACAUGUUUUGCAAGAGGAGUGUCGACCAAGGUUUGUGAAGAAGUCAAUGGCGCAGAUAUUCCAGCACAGGUACAGCAUGGAUUUGCCACCUUUCGUGGAGAAGGCCCCUGAAAUGAAUGCAGCUGAAUACCAGUAUGAUCCUCCUUUUGGAUUCCGGAAAUUCUCCAGUAAAGUCCAGAAUAUCUUGGAAAUAUUGCCCGAGCACAACUUUCCUGAACACUUGAAAGCUAAGAGCUGUAGACGUUGUGUUGUUAUCGGAAGUGGUGGAAUCCUUCAUGGACUAGAACUAGGCCAUGCUCUGAACCAGUUUGAUGUUGUAAUAAGGUUGAACAGUGCACCAAUUGAGGGCUAUUCAGAGCAUGUUGGAAAUAAAACUACUAUAAGGAUGACUUAUCCAGAGGGUGCCCCACUGUCUUCCCUUGACUAUGAUUCCAAUGAGUUGUUUGUUGUUGUUUUAUUUAAGAGCGUUGACUUCAACUGGCUUCAAGCAGUGAUAAAAAAUGAAAGUCUGCCAUUUUGGAUGCGACUGUUCUUUUGGAAGCAGGUGGUGGAAAAAAUACCACUACAGCCAAAACAGUUCAGGAUUUUGAAUCCAGUUAUUAUCAAAGAGACUGCAUUUGACAUCCUUCAAUUUACAGAGUCUCAGUCAAGGUUCUGGGGCCUAGAUAAGAACAUUCCCACCAUUGGUGUCAUUGCUGUUGUCUUAGCCACACAUCUAUGCGAUGAAGUCAGCUUGGUGGGCUUUGGAUAUAACCUCAGUCAACCCAAGACACCUUUGCACUACUUUGACAAUCUCUGCAUGGCGGCCAUGAACCUGCAGACCAUGCACAAUGUGACCACGGAGACCAGGUUCCUCCUCAAGUUGGUCAAGGAGGGCGUGGUGAAGGAUCUCAGUGGGGGCAUCCAUUGUGAAUUUUGACCACAGAAGACCUCAUUCAGAAAUGCAAUACAGACUCUGAGGACACUCUCAUGGCCUUCUGGAUGCAUUUUAGCCUGAAGAUAUUUUAAAAUGCAGCUGGUAUCUUUUAACUUUUAAAAAGCACAAAUAUGGGAGUCAGGCUGUAGUGCAGUGGGUUAAGUGCACGUGGCACAAAGCACAAAGGAUCCCAGUUCAAGCCCCUGGCUCCCCACCUGCAUGGGAGUCGCUUCACAAGCAGUGAAGCAGGUCUGCAGGUGUCUAUCUUUCUCUCCCUCUCUCUGUCUUCCCCUCCUCUCUCCAUUUCUCUCUGUCCUAUCCAACAACAAUAGUAACUACAACAAUAAAAAGAAAAAAGACAACAAGGGCAACAAAGGGGAAUAAAUAAAUGUAAAAAAAAAAAAAAGAACUACUAAAAAAAAAGAAAGCACAAACAUUAAACAGUUGAGCUCGUCCCACUUGUCCCCUCCCCCCCUUAUUUAUUUGAGAUCAGAGCAUACACACAAAUGUUGUUGUAAAGUGACCUUGGGAACGAACCGAGUUGGAGAAAUUAUUCAGAAGGAAUUGUAUGGCCACAGUGUCUUAUUGUAUUUUAAUAAAAUUUAUUUAAUUUACAAAGA